AUGUCAGGCGACGCUGUGCCCAUCGCACAACUUCCAAUUACUCAUCUGGUUGAAAUCGCCAAACAAUACAAGCAAAAAAUAGAUUUUCUUUCGACUUCAAUCAAACAACUUAAACUAUUGCAAAACCAAUUCUCUUCGUCUAAGGACUGCCUAAAAACCUUUCAGCCAGAAAACAAAGAUAGUGAAAUUCUUGUUCCCUUGACUUCGACGCUUUGCGUCCCUGGGCAUUUGAAAGAUGUAGAUAAUGUCAUGAUAGAUAUCGGGACAGGCUAUUUUGUCGAAAUGGUUAGUCUCAAUAAAUUUACAUUCCAGUCUAUUGAUCAAGCAAAUAGCCACUUCAAGCGGCGAAUGGAACACCUAGACAAGCAGGUGGAGAAGAUUGCUCCUAUUUUAGAACAAAGUAUCCAGAUCCAUAGAUCUGUUUCACUUGUGUUGAGAGAAAAGGAGACUGCUGAAUCUAAGUCAUCCUCUGGAACAGAUUGA